AGCCGCCUGCCGCCUGCGCAGCGAGCUGCUCUCCGCGCUGUGCGCCCACAGGCGCCUGCUGGCGGCACAGGAGGCGGCGGCCGCGGGGCGCCAACAGAAGCUGCUGCGGCAGCUGGCAGAGGCGGAGGCGGCGGUGGAGGCCGGCGUGAGAGCCGCCAGCAGGCGGGCGCAUGGAGGCAGCAAGAGCCUGCCCUCUCCUCGACUGCCGUCCUCCUCCUCCUCGCCUCCCUCCCCCUCCGCUGCUGCUGCCUCCGCGGCCCUGCCUGCUGACUGGCAGGCCUCGCUGGCCCCGCUGGCAGCCGCUGCGGAGGCGCUGGCGAGCCGGGCGGAGGCGGUGGCGGCGGAUCUGGAGCGAUGCCGGGG